GCGCGGUGGAAUCGAGACAGAGCGGUUACGAAAACGAUGGCGACGGCGGUGGUCGUGCUGCUGGUCCUCGCACGUCUCGUGUGCGGUGCCUGCCCGGGCUACUACGGCCGCAACUGCAAUGGCCACGGCGUCUGCGGCGCCUUCAACCGGUGCACGUGCUUUGCCAGCUGGACGGGUGUCGACUGCGGUCUCCGGACGUGCCCGUACGGCACGCCGUGGUCCGCGGUGGCCACGGCCCUCGAUACGGCGCGGAUGACGGCCACCGAGUGCAGCAACAUGGGUGCGUGCAACCGCACGACCGGCGCGUGCGUCUGCCGUGAUGGCUUUUCCGGUGCAGCGUGCGAAAAGCUCGACUGCGCCAACGACUGCAGCGGCCACGGCAACUGCUUCAGCAUGGCCGACGCCGCGCUGCUCAACGGUGCCUCGUACACGCUCUGGGAUGCCAACAGCAUUUAUGGCUGCCGCUGCGAUCCCGGCUACACGGGCUACGACUGCAGCCUCCGCACCUGCAUCUCCGGCCACGACCCGGUCGUCACGGGGCGGCUCAACGAACGGCAAGCCAUCUCGUGCCACUGCACGACCUGCACCGGCACGUUCAUGCUCACGUGGAACGGCCGGAGCUCGGUGCCACUGGCCGCGACGGCGUCGGCGGCCGACGUCGAGGCAGCGCUCAGCGCGAUCACGUCAGGUGUCUCGGUUGUGUUUGACGGCGGCGCCACGACUAUCUGCUCGACGCUGGGGACGUCGGCGCUCGUCACUUUUCUGCACGACUUUGGCCCACUGCCAUCGCUGACAUUGGUCUUGGCUGCCGCGACGUUGACCGUCUCGGUGCAAGCAGGAGGCACUGUAGCGCUCUACGGGACCUCGGUGGCCACCGUCGCCAAUACAAAGCAGUCGCUCGAGUGCUCGGGGCGCGGUGUGUGCAACCAAGCGACGGGGCAGUGCAACUGCGCCCUUUACUUUACAAGCAGCGACGGUCAAGGGAGCUUGGGACCACGACCCGACUGCGGCUACUACAACACGACGGGUGCCCCUGCGACGCAUCGCUGCCCCGCUGGGAUCUACGAGUCGGACUACCUCGCGACCGGAAGCACGGUCGUCUGCAGCGGCCACGGCAUGUGCUCCAACGCGCCCGACUACCAGUGCCAGUGCUAUCAAGACUGGGGCGGCAACGACUGCUCGCUGCGGUUGUGUCCAACGGCCACCGCGUGGUUCGAAGCUGCGACGCUGGCCACGACGGCGCGCACCGUCCCCGUCGCGUGCGCCAAUGCCGGGAUCUGCGACAACACCCUGGGGCGGUGCCUCUGCGACAGCAACUUUGUCGGCGCCGCGUGCGAGAAGUUGACGUGCGCCUCCAGGUGUCGCGGGACGGGCAACUGCAGGUCCAUGCGCCAGAUGGCCGCCGGCGCCACGACCGACGGCGCGCCGACGCCGAUCGUGUACGGCCGCGACGUCAACUCCCUCGCCACGUGGGACGCCGAUCGCAUCUUUGGCUGCGUCUGCAACAGUGUGCGCUACGUGAUCGGGAAUGCACCAACCCUCUCGGGCUACGACUGCUCGUCCUAUCCGUGUCCGUCAGGCGACGACCCGUGGACCACCGGUCAAGUCAACGAAGUGCAAUCGCUGUCCUGUCUCGGGACCGCUGGCUCCGUGACGCUGACGUUUCGCGGUGCAACGACGUCGGCGCUUUCGUUCGGUGCGACGGCGGCGGCGCUGACCGCAGCGCUUGAAGCGCUACCGACGUACUUGCGCGAUACCACUGGCUACAGCUUGUGCAUACUAUAUUGGGGUAGCAUUGGGCAGGUAGCGGUGAGCAUGCCAACGGGAGCACUCUGCGGUGCCACGAGCGCAGCGGUCACGACGGUGUCCUUCUUGACCAACGCGGGCAACGUACCGCUCUUGAUCGCGGAUGCUUCGCUCUUGACGGGCGGGCCCUUCUCGGUCACCGAAACCACCGCCGGCACGACCGAGGACGCGGUUUGCAACAACCGCGGCAACUGCGAUGGCGCGACCGGUCGCUGCAUCUGCGUCCAGGACGCGGCAAGCAGCGACGGGCAAGGCAACCUCGGCGUCACGCGCGACUGCGGCUAUGUCUACCCGUUCAUGGCCCAAGGACGCUUGUAGUUGACGUGUUUAUAACAAACAGUAAGGAAGAAAUAGCCUCGUCC